AUGGCGGUUGACGCCGUUCCAAGAUUUUUGCUCCCGAGACUCAGCUGGACUGGUCCUGCGACAGCUUCUCAGGCCCUGAGACCCCUCUCGGGAUCGGGAUGCCAUCCGAGCUCUCGCCGACAGCUGCAUAGCCAGCCGAAUGCCCUUCACGGUGCAACCCGAUCCCCGCGAUGCCGCUCCAGCAACACCGCCAGCAACACUCCCUCAAUCCUCGAGAACCCUGCUCUUAGGAGAUCCUUCCAUGCGACACCUGCGAGGCAACGUGACCACCACUUCGACACCCUGAAGUUUGUGCAGCGGCUCAAGUCCGAUGGUUUCACGGAAGAGCAAGCCGAGGCCAUGAUGAAGGUCCUCAACGAUGUAAUCCAGGAGAGUAUACAGAACCUCACCCGAACGAUGGUCCUCCGCGAAGACGCCGCCAAGGCCACCUACACCCAGAAGGUCGACUUCGCCAAGCUGCGCUCCGAACUCCUGUCUGCUGAUAGCACCGAGUCGAACACCACCCGCGCAUCGCAUGAGCGCCUGUCCAACGAUAUCGCGAAGCUGAGCUCGCGCCUGCGCGACGAGAUCGGGCGCACCCAGGCUAGCGUCCGCCUCGACCUCAACCUGGAGAAGGGCCGCAUCCGUGAGGAGGCUGUCGGGCAGGAACUCAAGAUCAAGGAGACGGAGACCAAGAUCGAGCAAGAGGUGGCGGCGCUGAGGGAGAAGCUGGAGCAGGUCAAGUUCCAGACGCUGCAGUGGUUGAUGGGUGUUUGCACUGGUUUCGCGGCGCUGUUGCUCGGUGCUUGGAGAUUGCUCAUGUAA